AUGCCUCUCCGCAUGUCCCCGGCUUCCCAAUCCGACGCCUCCCGCAUCGCCGCCAUCCACAUGGCCGCCUUCGGCACCAACGCCAUGCUGCUCGCUCAAUUCCCCACCCCAACCGUCCGCGAAAGGCUUCAACUCUGCAUCGCGGCAAAAGCCUUAGCCGACAUCAGAGAUCCGAAGACGGCCGUGCUCGUCGUGAGAGACGAUGAGAGUGGGAACGGUGAGGUUGUCAGUUUCGCCAAAUGGAGCCUGCCGGUUCGGGAAGGGGAGACGUAUGUGGAGGCGCCGUGGGUGUGGCCGGAGGGGACGAAUUUGGAGGUGUUGGAUCGGUGGACUAGGGUGGUGGAGGGUGCGAAGGAAAGGGUGGUGGGGGAGGGGGCUUGUUACCGCCUCACCUUCAUAGGGACAGACCCUCUACACGAGCGUCGUGGUGCAGCUUCCCUCUUGUUACAUUGGGGCCUCCGGCAGUCCAAGCAAGAUAACGUUCCCGCGUACCUAGAGAGUACUGUUGAUGCUGGUUCGCUGUACGAAAGACACGGGUUCGCGUCUGCAGAGAACAUCUCGAUGGUGCUGGCAGGGAGGGAGGGGGAGUUGUCUGCCUUCUCCUAUCUACCCGAUGCUGGUAAUGACCUUUCCAUUACUCUUCCACAGACAUUCAACAGCUCGAUCGGACCAGAAGUGGCUCAGAGAGUGAAUACCAGCGACUCCAACAUAGCAUCUGGUUCGUCAUCCACGAACCUUUCAACCGAAGUCGGCUACUGGACAGUGACGUGGAGCAUCAGUGACGCCUUAUCCCUAAAAAUCAACGUUGGCGCCUGGGUACUCUCGCCAGAGAUGAUUCUGCAGACUCUCGAAGCAGCCCAGAUCGCUGCAGGGAAAAAGGAAGCGGCGGCUUUGCUAGACGGAAAGUUCACUCAGAAGACAGGCAGUCGCAUCAACACCAUGAUCUUCGAAAUCAGUCCUGGGUGGGAUUACAGAAGGCUCACGUGGGCAGAUGUGGGAGAGGUACUCGGAGAGAACGGGUUGCCAAAAUUCUUUCGGGAGGAGCAAGAAUGGCAUAGCGCGUACUUUGAUGUGCUUCAUAGCGUUAGAGGCAAGUUGGGAUAUGGAGCUGUGAGAAAGUGGUAUAUGCUAGACUCGCUCAAUAGCACAGGAUCAGAGACUGGGUGA